GGAGAAAAGGGUCUCAGUGAGCAGCAUCUUGCAAGACGCACGGACGCUGGCCAUUUACAGCCGCGCGCACCGGACACGGUACAACCCAGGGGCAUACACACAAAAGCCACGGGCGUCAGCGAUGGUUGUGCUCAGGAGCGCAGCUGUGGAAGAGGACUCUGUGCGUGCUGUUUGAAUGGGAGAGAGCGGACCGAACGCCUCUGGACACCGUUUCUUUAUUUAUUGAGAGUUGUCGGCGCGGCGGUGCGCUCGCCCUGUUUGUUUUGGUAGAUUACGCGUGCGAAGUGAACGUGGUAUGACAGAAGCGCGUCAACAAUCCAAACUCCGGAGUGCGCGUGGCAAUCAGAAAGAUGAACUUUUAUUGUGCGCGGAGAAAAAGACGAAUUGCUGGAUAACGAACUAAAUGCAUAAUGACUGGAGUUAAUUAGCGUCACUAUUUCUUGUAUGUUUCUGGAAUACAAAGAUUUCGUUCUUUGGAUACCCUCUCACUUUUGGAGCACCAGUGGAUGUUCUCCCGGAACUUGCAAAAUUGUAAAUUAAAAGUAGCUUUAACCUUAGAUUGUGUGUAUUACACCUUUGUCUCGCAUAUAAUUUGGACAGUAAUCUUAAAUUUAGAAAAAUGGGCAUCUACAGCGUGGCUUUGUCCUGUUUGGUGGCGUGCGUUCUCUCCGUGCGCUGCAGCUCCGUGGCCACCGCGACGGAAUCCCAGAGCUCGCCCCAGGAGUCGUGCGCGUCCUGCGGCCUCAGGGCGCCGGAUCAGUCGGAGCGGGUCAACAUAGACUUUUUGGAAGCGGUGAAGAGGCACAUACUAAACCGGCUGCAGAUGAGAGAGAGACCCAACAUCACGCAUCCCAUCCCCAAGGCUGCGAUGGUGACGGCGCUGCGGAGGCUGCACGCCGGGAAAGUGCGCGAGGACGGCCGGGUGGAGAUCCCCAGCUUUGACGGACAGGCUGCGUACAACAACGAGGUUCAAGCGGAGAACUCUGAGAUCAUCAGCUUCGCCGAAUCAGAUGAGCACACGUCUUCCAAGUCUGGUCUGUACUUCCUCAUCUCCAACGAGGGCAACCAGAACCUGUACGUGUCCCAGGCCAACUUGUGGCUCUACUUCCGUGUGCUGCCGGCUGGUCCAGAGAAGGGCCUCCGGAGGAAGGUGACAGUCAAGAUCCACUACCAGGAGGCUGGAGCCGCCAGCGGUGCGGAGGGAGGCCCGGGAGGCCCAGGAGGCGGCGGUGGUGGUGGUGGAGGUGGAACCGGCCGCUGGGCCCUGGUGGAGAAGCGGGUGGAUCUGAAACGCAGCGGGUGGCAUACCUUCCCCCUCUCAGAGGCGGUGCGAGCUGUUUUCGGGAAAGGCAGCCGGCGGCAGGACCUGGAGGUCCACUGCGAGGGCUGUGACACAGCGGGCGUGGCUCCGGUGCUAGUGGACCCGGGUGACCCAUCCCACCGACCCUUCCUGGUGGUGCGUGCACGGCAGGUGGAUGGAAAGCACCGCAUUCGCAAGCGGGGGCUAGAGUGUGACGGCACCAGUGGGGGCCUUUGCUGCCGGCAGCAGUUUUACAUAGACUUCCGUCUCAUCGGCUGGAACGACUGGAUCAUUGCGCCAGCCGGUUAUUACGGCAACUACUGCGAGGGCAGCUGCCCGGCCUACAUGGCGGGCGUGCCGGGCUCUGCAUCAUCCUUCCACACUGCAGUGGUUAACCAGUACCGCAUGAGAGGGAUGAGCCCGGGCUCGGUCAACUCCUGCUGCAUCCCCACCAAGCUCAGUACUAUGUCCAUGCUCUACUUUGAUGAUGAGUACAACAUUGUAAAGAGGGAUGUGCCCAACAUGAUUGUGGAGGAGUGUGGCUGCGCUUGAGUCCAUGUCGAGCCUUCAUUAUCUUUGAACUCGGAACAGUCAGAAAGGCCUUUUGUACAAACAGGACGUUAUUGUGCGGUACACAUAUACAAUAUAUCUAUACCUACUGUACGUGCGAGCAACACGUGCGCUGGUAGCAAGUGCCAGUGCUGUGUCGCCGUGUGUUUGCACGUGUCCAUGCGAGUGUGUGUAUUUAUCAGACUGAGUGAUGUGCUCGCUGUCCGAGUUUUCCGACUGGUCAGUAACGGGACUAGAAGGGAACGAUUAUCACCAAAUGAUACUUUGCUCUAGUUUGCCAUUUCUAGUCAAAAAAUAAUGGCUCAUCAUCUCCUCUUGAAUGAAGAUAACAAGCGCUUAAGGAAAGUGACAGGAUCAGCUGAUGACACCAUUGGCUUUGCUCCCAAUCCCACUCCUCCAGCCCUCUUAAGUACUUUAAGCACGUGACAGACUUUUGUUUUUAUAAAGCACUGACAAUUCAUCAGCUUAUACAAUUCAGAACACCAGCACUUCCCUACUAUGCCGACAGAUGCAGUCUGACUGUCCUCUCUGGUGGAAUUAGACCGGCAGCGCUUAGGAUUAUAGCCUUCGCAGAAAGGCAAAAGAAAGUCGCCCACAGAGCUGCUGUUGACCACGGGCCUCGACCUCAAGAGAGCUUCAGGCCCUGCCACCAUGACAACCAGGUGAAGAUGGAUCUCAUAAGUGCACUUCACUCGUGCACUGGGAGCGACAGAGUGAGAACUGCUUCCUACCGCCCGCUAAGGCUCAGCAGAUGUGGGCCAGUGGACGUGGAGACUCUAGUUUCGGCCCAGUGGGUCGCCACAGUGCAGUGCAGCACUUGCAGAAACUGAAAUGCACACCCUGAAUAGCACUUGUAUAAAGAAAUGCCUUCCAAGGGGUACUGAGUGUCCUGUCCUAUCACUAAAUAAGUGCCACAUGAGCUAUGCAAUGUAUAGUAACCUAUACCCAUACUCAACAUGCUCUAUUAGACUCUCUUUCCAUCUCUCUCUCUUUCUCUCUCUCUCUCUUUCUCGCUUCAAUCCUCGACUCUUUAUCAAUACUUGAAAUGUAAUCUUUCGCUUCCUUUCCAAAGCGAAUGAUUGUUGUGACGUUUGCACUGAAAAGUUGCGGGAUUAGUGAAACAAAAAAAAAAACUGCCAUUGAAAAGUUAUUUUUAUAGAAGUAAAUUGAAUUUUGUUUCAAAUGUAUUUUACCUAAUUAAUGGAACCAAAGAGGCCAAGAUUUUAGCUAUUGUACUGAAGAUGGCGAGGCCAUUGAGUUACUGUGUACAAUACUGUUGUUUUGAUCAUUUGCAAUAGGCCUACCACUGUAUCAGGGUACGAUAUAUGAUUUCAUUUCUUAGCUCUGUUUUCAUUCUCUGUUUUGUACAAUAAGCAACACUUCAUUUUUUUCAUCUUUAAUUCUAUUUUUGUUUCUGUUUUCUAUUUAAUAAGAAAGUUAUUUUUAG